UCGUGGUAUGAGCCACUGCGUAACGGCAUGUAUACAAAAACCAAACAAAACACGUUUUUUUUUCCAUAGUUCCCAUUCAUUUAUUCGAAAUUUUGUCAGUUCUUGUGAAACAGCAACGUCAAUGUCAAAAAGUUCGUCCGGUAUUUUGCGGUUGCUAAUCAGCAAUUCAAUCCCAAAACCUCCAGUUCCGAAUCGGGCAAUCAAUAACAAAAAUAAUCGCUAUCGCUGCACCGGCAGUUUACCGUUAGAAAAGUACAGUAAGGACGUCCCUGUUGUGGUCCCUGUCCCCCACGAUCGUAGACACUCCUCCUUUCGCCUGCGCUUAUCUGUAACCGAAUCGCUUGCUGUGUCAGUGGGGCGAAAUCAUCGUAUUUGUGAACGUAGUUGUAGCACUGAAUUUAGUUGUAGUAAGCGGUUUUAUUCGAGUCUGCAGACGAGUGUAACGAUGCCAGAAGGAAAAGGAAAACCGUUCGAAAGAUUGCCGGAAAAUGUCAAGCCCAAGCACUACACACUUUCCCUGGUACCGGACUUGAGGAAUUUAACUUUUCGAGGUGAUGUCUCCAUUCAGAUUGAGGUAUCUACAAGCACCGAUACCAUCGUACUUAACGCCCUAGACCUGAAGCUAGAUGCUGCUAGGAUCGGGGGCGACAAAGAGAUAAUGGCUUCUGCUGUGAAAUUAUGUCCGGAAGAAGAGACUGCCAGCGUUGUAUUGCCAGCCCCAUUGGCACCUGGCUCUUACACCCUAAGCAUGGCCUUUACGGGUGAAAUCAACGACAAGAUGAAAGGGCUCUACAGGAGUAAAUACGUAAACGAAAAAGGAGAAGACACAUACGCAGCGGUGACGCAAUUUGAGUCGACAGACGCCAGACGUUGUUUCCCGUGUUGGGACGAACCAGCGCACAAAGCCACCUUCGACAUAAGCCUUACAGUACCUAAGCAUUUGGUUGCCUUAUCUAAUAUGCCAGUAAAGAAUAGUCAAGCCGACGGUGAUCUCAUAAAAUACCAAUUCGAAAAAACCCCGAUAAUGUCGACGUACUUAGUAGCAGCCGUCAUCGGCGAGUACGACUACGUCGAAGACACAUCCAGCGAUGGCGUGCUCGUAAGGGUGUACACGCCGAAGGGCAAGAAGGCCCAAGGCCAAUUCGCUCUCGAGGUGGCCACCAAGGUGCUGCCGUACUACAAGAAGUACUUCGACAUCGCGUACCCGCUGCCGAAGAUCGAUCUGAUCGCCAUCGCGGAUUUCAGCGCGGGGGCCAUGGAGAAUUGGGGCCUGGUUACUUACAGAGAAACUUGUCUUCUGGUAGACCCGCACAACACGUCGGCGUUCAGCAAGCAGUGGAUUGCUCUGGUGGUAGGUCACGAAUUGGCCCACCAAUGGUUCGGCAAUCUGGUCACGAUGGAAUGGUGGACGCAUCUGUGGCUGAACGAGGGAUACGCCUCCUUCGUCGAAUUUCUAUGUGUAGACUUCCUCUUCCCCGAGUACGACAUAUGGACGCAGUUCGUCAACGACUCCUACAUCAAGGCCCUAGAACUGGACAGCUUGAAGAAUUCGCACCCGAUCGAGGUGCCUGUGGGAAAUCCCUCUGAGAUCGACGAGAUCUUCGACGACAUCAGCUACAACAAGGGCGCCUCUGUCAUCCGCAUGUUGCACCACUACAUCGGCGACGCGGAUUUCCGCAAAGGCAUGAAUUUGUACCUGACCAGGCACCAGUACAAGAACACAUUCACGGAGGAUUUGUGGGCGGCUUUGGAGGACGCCAGCGAGAAGCCCGUGGGGGAUAUCAUGUCGACGUGGACCAAGCAGAUGGGGUUUCCUGUUGUCAAGGUUACCGAGCAUCCCACCAAAGAUGGCGUGAAACUCUGUCUUUCCCAAGUAAAAUUCACUGCCGACGGUACCAAACCCUCAACCGACUACCGCUGGAUGAUCCCCAUCUCGAUCUCCACCUCUAAAGAACCCACCAAAGAGGUGGUCAGCACCGUCUUGCAAACACAAAGUACAGAGAUCACGGUGCCCGGAGUUGACUCGUCGGCCUGGAUCAAGAUCAAUCCGGGCACCAUCGGCUUCUACAGGACGCAGUACCCGCCGCAGAUGCUGGAAAGGUUCAUACCGGCCAUCCAGAACCAGACGUUGCCACCGUUGGAUAGAUUGGGACUUUUGGAUGACCUUUUCGCCAUGGUGAAAGCGGGUCAUACCAGCACUGUCGAGGUUCUCAAAUUACUCAAGGCUUAUGAAGACGAACCCGAUUAUAACGUUUGGUCGUCCAUUGGUAACAUCCUCGGAAGAAUGGGACAACUCUUGGGACACACUGAUUAUAAAGAAGAUUACGAUAAAUACCAAAAGCAACUUUUACGCAAAUUGUACGAAAGACUGGGCUGGAAUCAGAACCCUGGGGAAACCCACUUGGACACCCUUCUGCGAGGCUUAGUUUUAGGCCGGCUAGCUUGGCUCGAUCACGAAGAUACGAUUAAAGAAGCUAGAAGCAGGUUUUCCUCUCACAUUUCCUCCGAGCAGACUUUACCUGCCGAUUUGAGGAGCGCCUGCUACAAGACCAUCCUGCGGGCGGGGGGUAAAGAGGAGUACGACAAAUUAUUGGAGCUGUACCGGUCGACGGACUUGCACGAAGAGAAGGACAGGAUCAGCAGAGCUCUGGGAGCUGCCAGGGAUCCGGAGUUGUUGAACAAAGUGCUCGAAUUCGCCAUGUCGGACGAAGUCAGAUCGCAGGACACGGUGUUCGUGAUAGCCUCGGUAGGACUAACGAGCUCCGGCCGAGGCCUCGCCUGGCAAUUCUUCAAGGACAACUGGCCCAAAAUCAAAGAGCGCUUCAGCGGCUACCUUUUGGCCCGAUUGGUCAAAUACCUGACGGAGAAUUUCGCCUCGGAGGCGAUGGCCGACGAGGUGGAGCAGUUUUUCCUGGAAAAUAAGGCGCCUGGUACAGAGAGGACUGUUCAGCAGUGCGUCGAGACCAUUCAGCUGAAUGCGGCUUGGCUGAAGAGGGAUUCUGCUGGUAUCAAGAAGUACCUGGGGUCUGUUUGAAUUGCGUGUACUUAAUUAUUAUUGCUAUUAUUACCUUCUUUGUUGGACUUUUUUACAAUCAUGCCAGUGACUGUACCUUUAGUUUGUUAUUUUGAAGAUGUUUUUUUUUGUAUUUAAUAGAGUAUGAAUAUUGAAGUUAUGACUGUUAUCAAUGUUGUUUUCUGGUCAGGUCAUGGAAUUUACAACAUUAUUACGUUAAUUACGAGAAUAUCCAUGAAGUUAACGUCGUAUCAAUGUUAAUUUCGAGUUCAUAACUUUGAUUUACUGAUGUAACAACGAUAUUUAAUAUCAUUAGCGAAGAUUAGACAGAAGCACAGCACUUUGUUUAUUUACAAUGGUUCAGAUGGACACCUCAAUUCGCAUAACUUCGAACCUUCAUUUCCCACCUGGCUGAUUAGGGACUCUACCGGUAUCAGAGAAUACCCCUGAUAUGUUCGAUAAUUUUUACUUAUUUAAU